CAUUCGUCCCGCCUCCCCGGGACAGACGGGAAAUUGAGUUGCCUGCGUUCUCUGUGCUCGGAGGGACUACAAUUCCCGUCAUGCUUCGCGCGCGCCGUGCGUCGCUGCCGGCCCCGCCCCCCCGCAGGAGGGCACGGACCGGGAGUGGCGCGAACGCGUGAGGGGGACGGGACCGCCCGGCCCGCGGGGACCGCCCUGGUGAACUUCCAUCCGUGUAGAACCGCGCCGCGCUCGUCCUGGACAGCACAGGUGCAGAGUGACAGACACUGACAGCACCUGCGCUGCGCCAGGAAGGCGCCCAGAUGAAAGCUCCCGCACGUGCUCCUGCGGGAUGCCACAGGCAACGCUGCUGUACCUGCCCAGCCAAAAGUUGGCAGGAUGCGUAGAGUCCCAAUUUUGCUAAUUCAGCACACUUUGACUUGGUUAUUAUCAUUUAAGAAACGAUCCAGUUAAGCCAGAUUCAGCAGGACUUGUCAAAUACUGAGGCCCUUGACUGGUGUGACUAUUAGAAGUUAUUAAAAAGAACCCAACCUCGACAAACCUGAAAUUAUUGCUUGAAGUGACUCCCUGACACAGAGAAGCUCAAAGUUGCCAUGUCCACUGUUGGAUUCCAUAAUAUCUCUGGGCCAGAUCUCCUGCUUUAUGAAUGUGGCCCUAGGAAGUAAAACUCUGGGAACUGUCUGGAUUAAGGAAUUAAAGCUGCUUGCCACGUGGUCAGAUCAUCCACAAAGGUAGUAUGAUCUGGAAAGGAAAAGAUUGGUCCACAUCCUGAACUUAGAACUCUUUGUUUCACCAGGCCAUCCUAAAAUGAUUCAGACCAGUCAAGGGAAACAGGUACGAUGGAAGUUGUCUGAAGCUGCAGAGUGAGUCUGUGGCAAACCCGGGAACUGAACUGGUCAUAUCUUCUUACUGCUAUGUCUCCUGCCUCUGUUUUUUUUUUAUCUUUGGACUGGGACAAAAAGUAAGGAUUGCAUAUUAUAAGAAAACAUGAUUACUGCAGCCCAUCACCACAAAGUUUUAGAGACAAGAACAAUUAUUAUGAACUCCUGUUUGGAGAUCUUUUCUAUGAUUUGUAAUCUUCAGCACCUGUCCAAGAAAUGCUUUCUAUAAAUAACCAUUUUCUGUUUCAGACAAGAUUGGUGCAGCUGCUCAGUUUUUCUACAAUUGUGAAUUGCCAAAAAAAGGAACAGUAAUUCCUUGGGGACCUCAGAGUUAAAUCCCUUCUAUGUAACGUGAUACUAUCAAGUGGGGCUGUGAUGGAAGUCCAUUAUUGCUAGCUGCUCUUAGAGUUGCUCAAACUGAGAAGUCCUUUGUAGAUGAUCCUCGCUCUUUUACAAUUUCUGUGGCUUUGUAGUUCCAUAAUUACUGCCCCUGAUGGCACCCUGCCCCAAAAAUGAAUACUUUGAUCAUUUGCUGCUCUCUUGUACGCCUUGUCAUCUCCGAUGUUCCAGUUCGCCACCGCCUUCGUGUGAGAACUACUGUGAGCAGAGCACCGAUUCAAGUGGAAUUCUUUGGAUUUGUUUGGGCUUAGGAGUAAUUUUAAUGCUCACUCUGUUCACCUUAAUGGUCUUGUUUAAAAGGAAGCGCCUAAAGCAGUCAAAAGAAAAACUGGAAAAUACAGACUCCUCUGUGGAGCUGAAUAAUAUUCUCAAGGCUAAUACUGACAGCAGUGGGAAUACAGAAGAAAUUAGACACACACUUCAAAGUGAAACAUUAAUGUAUUCAGUGGAAGAAUGCACUUGCAGUGACUGUGGCUUGGUAAAAUCUCAGACUGGCUGUGAAACUUCAUUUCCAUUACCAGCUACCGAAGAACGAGCAACUGUUCUAGUUACCACAAAAUCUUUUGAUUAUUGCAACUAUGUUCUGGGUGUUGGAUGACUAUGAGAGUGAAUUUUUACUGUGUAAUAAUAAAUGAGUUAUUCCAGUAUGGUGAUUAAUCUUAAUACUUGCAGUCAGUGGAGGAGGUAGUACAUUGUCCUUAUAGAUCUUCCAUUGAGCUUUCAUUAAUAUUGUCAUAUUAUUUCUAAUGCUAGUAUUUCUCUAGUCAAGUAUUUCUACAUUAUGCUCGGGUACUAAACUAGUUAUUGGAAUUUUUACUUUCUGAAAGUCCUUACAAAGGACAGCUUUUGCUGCUCUUAAAGACUGUAUUUACUUACACCAGAUAUAUACAAACCCAUCAAUAAACAA